CUUGAAAGUGCGCCUGAUCUGCUGACCCUCGUUCCCUCCCAUUCUUCCUUUUUAUCUCGUUCGUCCCUCCUGCUUCUCGCAUUUCUCUUCCGGCCACCGCACGCUGCCCCUCCGAUUCACCUUCCUUCGACGCUGCCCUCCUCAAUAUCACUUUACUGGAGAAGUCUCGCGGUGAUUCUGCGCGGUUUGCUACCUCAACGCCGCGUUAAACCACCGUUUCGACGCUGCUAAUUUAUGCGAGUUUUAGGGGCGAUCUUGUUAAGAUAACUCCAUUAGUUCAUUGUUAAAAUUGCUUUUGAAAUUUUAGGUUGGUGGUGAAAAGAAAUUUGUGCUUACAAGCCAUUUAGAUUUUCCUACGGAGUGUCGUCAGAUGGAUAGGAAGUAUAGCCGAGAGUCGUCAGAUGAGGAUGAAGCGAAAGGGAACAGGAGAGCAAGCAGAGACAAUGACAGGCAAGAUAGAGACAGAAGACAUCAGGACAAAAAUUUGCACAGAGAAGUAGAGAGAGGAGACAAGAAAAAAUCAUAUGAAAGUUUUGAUGAAGGUGAACAGAGAACUGAGAGAAACAAAAGUAGACAUGAUAGAGACAGAAGACAUCAUGAUGAAAAACGCCAUAGUAGAGGACACGAGAGAGAAAAUCGAAAGGAAUCAUAUCAAAGUUCUGAUGAAGAUGAGAGGAAGAAUAGGAGGCAUGACCGUAGACAGCGUGAAACUGAGAAUGAAAAUAAAAAUAUGGAUCGCCGCUUGGAUAAUGAUUCAAAAGAUGAGCGUGACAAGGAGUUGCUUAAUCGAAAGGAAUCAUAUCAAAGUUCUGAUGAAGAUGAGAGGAAGAAUAGGAGGCAUGACCGUAGACAGCGUGAAAUUGAGAAUGAAAAUAAAAAUAUGGAUCGCCGCUUGGAUCAUGAUUCAAAAGAUGAGCGUGACAAGGAGUUGCUUAGAAAAUCAGAUCAUCGGAGGAAUCGGGCUGACAAUGAUAGGGAGAGAAGACAUUCAAAACAUGAUUACAAGCAUAACAAUUCUCAAGAUCAACGAGAUAAGGAGACAAGUGGAAGGAGAGAGGAUAGAAGAAACAUUGGGGAGAAAGAAAAGGUGGGUACAGGGACUAUUGACCAUCGACAGCCUCACAGACAGGAAAAACAGACUGAAAACAAUUUGAAUCCUGAUUCUUCAAAUUUGGGAAAGAGUGGGGGUGUUUACAUCCCACCAUUUAAGUUGGCUAGAAUGAUGAAGGAGGUCCAAGAUAAGAGCAGCAUUGAGUAUCAACGUUUGACAUGGGAUGCACUCCGAAAAAGUAUUAAUGGGCUUGUGAACAAGGUGAAUGCUACUAAUAUAAAGAAUAUCAUUCCAGAGUUAUUUGCAGAGAACUUGAUCAGGGGCAGGGGUCUAUUUUGCCGUUCAUGUAUGAAGUCACAAAUGGCAUCUCCAGGGUUUACCGAUGUAUUUGCUGCACUUGUUGCUGUUGUCAAUACUAAGUUUCCAGAAGUGGGUGAUCUUCUAUUGAGAAGAAUUGUUUUGCAGCUCAAAAGAGCAUAUAAACGGAAUGACAAGCCUCAACUACUUGCUGCUGUCAAAUUUAUAGCACAUUUGGUUAAUCAGCAAGUGGCUCAUGAAAUAAUUGCAUUAGAAUUACUCACUGUGUUGCUGGAGAAUCCUACAGAUGACAGCGUGGAGGUGGCCGUCGGUUUUGUAACUGAAUGUGGAUCAAUACUCAAGGAUCUUUCUCCUAAGGGGCUUCAUGGAAUAUUUGAGCGUUUUCGUGGAAUUCUUCAUGAAGGAGAAAUAGACAAAAGGGUUCAGUUUCUGAUUGAAGGCCUAUUUGCCAUAAGGAAAGCAAAGUUUGAGGGCUAUCCAGCUGUUCGUCCAGAACUCGACCUUGUAGAGCAAGAAGAUCAGUUAACUCAUGAAAUCUCUUUGCAAGAAGAGAUAGAUCCCGAGAUUACUCUUGAUAUCUUCAAGUCUGAUCCAAAUUUCCUCGAAAACGAGAAGCGUUAUGAGGAUUUAAAGAAAAAUAUACUUGGUGAGGAAUCUGAGGAUGAAGAAGACAGAUCUGAUGCUGGAUCAGAUGAUGAGGAAGAUGAGGAUGAAGAAGAUGAAUCGGAAGAAGAAGAUGAAGAGCAGAUGCAAAUAAAUGACGAAACGGAAACCAACCUUGUGAACCUAAGGAGGACAAUUUAUCUGACAAUUAUGUCCAGUGUAGAUUUUGAAGAGGCAGGGCAUAAGCUUCUAAAAAUUAAACUCGAGCCUGGUCAAGAAAUUGAGUUAUGCGUCAUGUUAUUGGAAUGUUGCAGUCAGGAGAGAACUUACCUUCGCUAUUAUGGUCUGUUGGGGCAAAGAUUUUGCAAGAUCAACAAAGUGUAUCAGGAGAAUUUUGAGAAAUGCUUUGUCCAGCAAUAUUCGAUGAUUCAUAGGCUUGAAACCAACAAGUUAAGAAAUGUGGCUAAAUUUUUCGCCCACUUACUUGGCACUGAUGCACUCCCAUGGCAUGUUUUGUCAUACAUCCGCCUGACUGAAGAAGACACCACGUCUUCAUCAAGGAUUUUUAUUAAGAUCCUCUUCCAGGAAUUGUCAGAACAUUUGGGAAUUCGACUGUUAAAUGAACGUCUCACCGACCCGACAAUGCAAGAUUCGUUUGAAUCCAUAUUCCCAAGGGAUAACCCAAAGAACACAAGAUUUUCCAUCAACUUCUUCACUUCUAUUGGGCUUGGUGGUCUAACCGAGAAUUUGCGAGAAUAUUUAAAGAAUAUGCCACGGCUAAUCAUGCAACAGCAAAAACCGGUGUCAGAUUCCGAUGAGGAAUCUCAAAGCUCAGAUUCUUCGGAUUCAGAUUCAAGUUCUUCAGAGUCAGAAUCAGAUUCAGAAGACAGCGAAAGCAAAGAUAGAAGACGCGAAAAAAAGAGAAGAAAAACUCGAAGGUGAUAUUGAUAUGUUUGUAUAUUUUCUCUUAUUCACUCCAAGAUGAUUUAUCUUCCUGCUUCCUCCUAGGUGUUGUGUUGUGUAAUAACUUAACCUUUUUGAUUGUUUAUAUGGAAAUUUUGGCCCUCUAACGAUUA